AUGAGAAAAACGAGUGUCUCUGAAGAUCCGAAUCUGGCGGAGAAUCUGGAUGCCUUUCUUACCUCAUGCCACGACCAAGUGGUAACCAUUCGCGUCAAGUCAACUGAAGGAAGGGCAUUCAGGGUCUCGAAAAAACUGUUGACUGAGAAGGCCCCAUACUUCGCCAAAAUGUUUUCGGGCGGCUUCUUGGAAAGUGAGAAAGAUGAGGUCCUCCUCGAAGAAAUCGAUGGGGUCGUCUCCGAAGCAAGCGUUGCCACACUUAUCUUCUGGUUCUACAAAGAUGAGAUCAAAUUGACCCUGGGAACUUGUGAAUCGGAGAGGACUUCCCGGACUACACUCUAUAUCUCUGCCGCGAUCGAAGUUGCAAGGCUGGCUGAUAUGUACGGCGUCACUGGGUUUGAAGAACCGCUGGCAGAGUCAAUCAGACAGUCUCUGUGUUCGUCCUUCGAAUGGGGUGAUACGGGACUCGAGAAUAUUUACGAUCAAGAUUUGGCUUCCUCAGAGAAUCUCCCCGCGGGGCAUCCUGUACGGCGAGCGUUGGCAAAGACUUUCGUUGCAAGUCUCAUGAGGUCGUGUGAUUAUCGAAAUUUUGCCUCCGAUCAGCUGACGGCAUACCCAAACCUCGCGGUGGAGAUAAUACGGGAAACGAUAAAAGCUCUGGACACACUUGAAACUCCCAAGCGUGGGUUUACGAGGUUCACCAUAACUGAUCCGAUCAACCUUAAGGAUUGUGGCCUGAAACUCCCAGGUCUCAUUCGUAACCCGAGCGACCGGAAUCUUCAACAUGUCUGGCUCUAA